AAUAAAUAAAAAAUAUAUAGAAGAUUCAGUCGAAGGGGACUGUACUUGAUCGUCCAUAUUCUAUACAACACUGAGAUCAUCUUAGAUCCGUUGAAUAUAAAUCUAAAUCCUGUAUUCAAGAACUACAUUUUACAGGUUUUAUGGUUUUGUAGGGAAGCUUGCCCACAUUUCCCCAUCUUCGUCCAACGUUCCCCCGCUAUAUGCGGGGCAAGCGGCCUAUCGAGUUCAGAACAACAUCUCCAAAUAAUAAAUAAAGCUCCAAGCAAUCAAGCUCCCUUCUUAAAUUCCAGACAUUCACAACACAAAAUGGCCGAUAAUAACUUGGUCGAUCGACUGGCCCUUAUCACGGGCGCAUCUGGAGGAAUAGGAUCAGCUUGUGCUCGUGCAUUUGCAGCUGAAGGUGUUCAUCUCGCACUCACAUAUUCUACUUCCAAAGAUGCGAUUGAUAAACUCCUGGAUGAAUUACGUCAAACAUCAUCGGGGAAAGAUCUUCGAAUCUCUAUUCAUCAAGUGGAUAUGGGUUCACCAGAACAAAUCUCGGGUCUCUUUGAUGAGAUCAAACGUGAUCAUGGGAGUCGCACGGUAGAUAUAUUAAUAUCCAAUGCCGGGUAUGGAAAGAGAAUUGUAGAUAUAUCAGAUAUUCCAUUAGAGGAAUUCGACUACACUCUUAACAUCAAUUUGAGAGCAUCGUUCUUAUUAGUCAAAGGUGUGGUUGAGGGAAUGAAGGCACAAAAGUGGGGGAGAAUUAUCUUUAUAUCGAGUAUAGCUGCUUAUGGAGCUGGGCUCAAUGGUUGCCAUUACGCUGCAUCGAAAGGUGGUCUCACGUCUAUGAUGAAGAACCUAUCACUUCACCUUGCCGAGUACAAAAUUACAGUCAAUGACGUGGCACCGGCGAUGAUUGGCAACACAGGUAUGAUUCCAAAUGCCGAUGUUGCUCCUGGUUUACUUGAUGCAAUUCCACUACAUCGAUUGGGCACUCCAGAAGAAUGCUCGAAUGCAGUUAUGAUGUUUGCAAAGACUGGUUACGCUACUGGUCAGAGCUUGUUGCUUGCAGGGGGGCUAAAUCACAAGUAGAUGGCCUUUGGUAUGAUGUUCAAAAGCUCGUUGCAAUCUUAUCAUAAGAUGGUACAUAUAUGGAUAGGGUCCCGUAGCAAUGGUACUGUCAGAUACCUGGAUUGAGCUCGCUGGGCCCAUCACAGAAUAAUAGCGAGGAAAAUUGAUCUCCUUACAAUGUCGAAGCGAACAUUGGACAUUCACGAUUCAGUACGUGUAAAAUCUUUGUGCAAAAUUGAAUCACUUGAGUCUUGAGCCUUCAAAGACAUUCUUGU